AUGGCCACCCAGGACGUCAUCUCAUUCACGAACAACAUGACCUCGGAACUCUCCAUGCAGCAACAUCCAUACUAUCCUCUGGAUUCUGUGAUACCAAACUAUGUCCCCAACACCUGGCCCGUCCUGGCCCUCCUAGCCGCCUUCUUCGGGGUCUGCACCGUCCUCUUCUCAUCCACCUACUACCUCGCCAAAUCCCUCAACCCCCGCAUCAGCCGCAACGAACUCGUCACCAUCAUGUGGUUCGUCCUCUCAGGCAGCAUCCACCUCCUCUUCGAAAGCUACUACACCCUGCACUUCACCACCCUCGGCUCCCUCCAGACCCUCCCCGCACAACUCUGGAAAGAAUACGCCUUCUCCGACUCCCGCUACCUCACCGCCAAUACCAUGGUGCUCUCGCUCGAAACCAUGACGGCAGUCUGCUGGGGCCCUGGGUGCUUGAUCGUGGCCUGGCUGAUCAUGCGGAACCAUUCGAUGCGGUAUCCGGCGCAGAUGGUUGUGAGUGUGGGGCAGGCGUACGGGGACGCGAUUUACUACGCUACGAGUCUUUUCGAUGAGUUUGUGGGUGGAGUGAAGUAUUCAAGACCGGAGGGGGUGUAUUAUUGGGGGUAUUUUGUGCUGAUGAAUGCCUUCUGGAUUGUGGUUCCGGGGUUCCUUGUGUAUCAGGCAGCGACGGAGAUGGCGAGGGCUGUGCGAGUGGCUCGGAGCAUGGAGGAGAGGAGUAGGAGCCCUGAGAAGGCGAUGUAG